AUGACGACUUUAAAACUGCCACUCACACGCUCACUUCCAACUUCAAGUCAUUCGGUCCCUAUUUCACUUGAUAAAUAUCUUACGCGGGAAGGCCAUCAUCUAGUGGUUACAUACCUCAAAUUCAAUAAAGUUCAAAAAGACAUCCAGGAAGGGAAAUUAAAUAAUUUAGAGGAGAAAGAUAUAGAUGAUUUGCUGGGAAGUUAUAAAGGAGGGCCAUCACACUGCUUCAACAAUCUCAAUUACGAUAACCUUAACCUGACACGAAACGAGCUAAAAGUACUCGCAAAAAUAUUGAAGGCAGAUAAAUUAUCAAAUGUACGCACCCUGCGUAUAUGCAGAAACAAUCUCCAUGGCGGCAUCCUUAAGACAAUAAUCGAUGUCUUGAGCAACAAUAAUACCGUAGAGGUACUAGAUCUCUCCUUCAACGCAAUACGCGAUGCUGACGCCAAGGAUUUUUCUCGUUUACUGAAGAAAAAUAAGGUCCUCCGUGAAAUAGCAAUUGGGCAUAACAGGAUAACAGCCAAGGGAGCUCAAUCCAUAGCAAAAGCUUUGAAAGUAAACAACUCACUUGUUCGAUUGAAUAUUGAAGCCAACAGACUCGACAUCGCUGGGGCCGCCGCCAUUGCCGAUAUUGUUGCUUAUAACAAUAGUCUGAAAUUUCUCCAUAUUGGUGGCAAUAACAUUCAAGCCGGAGGGAUGGCCGCCAUAAGUGAAGCAUUGAAAAGCAACAAGAUACUUUGUAGUCUCAGUCUCGAUUGUAAUAACAUUGGAUCAGAGGGUGCAUUUCAUCUGGGAGAAGCAUUGAAAGCAAAUAGUACUCUAACACAUCUUUAUGUUUCUCGCAAUGAUAUCGGUAAUGACGGACUACAAUACUUGAGUAUAGCCAUGCUCUCUAACAGAUCACUAAUAUAUGUUGAUUUGGAGUUGAAUUGCAUCGGAAAAAAUGGCAAUAUGAACGGAGUGAAAGCGCUGGCCGACUUGUUCGACCGACACACUGUUCCCCGCGCUAUAAACCUCAAGUUCAAUCCCAUUGGAGAUAUUGGAUGCCAGUCUCUUGCCAGCGGACUAUAUCGAAACAUGACUCUGGAAUCGAUUAUUUUGUCUAGCUGUGACAUCGGACUACAAGGAAUACGUGCCCUAUGCGAUUCAUUAAAAGAGAAUAAAGGGUUGCAGAAUAUCAGCUUGAGUAGAAAUUGGGUCAUGGGUGCUGAUGGUCAUCAGGCUGUGGCAGAGGCACUUGAGGAAAAUACAAUGUUGAAGAGAGUCCAGCUAGAUUACGAUUUUGAGGAGUGGGAGCGCAUCAGCGAAUCUAUUGACAAAUCACUUUUGAGGAAUCACUUCCUUCAGGCAGAAAAGUAUUCUACGGCUUGUAGGCUAUUGGUUUUAUCGAGGCUUGUCAUACACGCGACAGGGAAAUUGAGGGAACAAAAAUCGCAUAGAGUAACAGAAUUUUUAGAUUUACCAUUUGAACUAAAGAGGAACAUAAUGUAUGCUUUAGACACAACGAAUGUAUUGACGAAUGACAACUGUAAAAAGAUUCUCAGAUUAGGCAGUCGUAGAGAUAAUUUCAAUAUCAGUAAGGAGGGCUUCCUGAAGGCGGUAUUCGACGUCUAUUAUCCUAAUAAUGCGGGCACACCAUUAUGGCCUACCGGGGCGUUUGAUACGUUUGUGAGAGUUUGA